AUGUUUUUUUCAGUAGGAAGUGAAGGAAAACUCAUAGAAAUGGAUGUGGAGCUUGAAGUGAUGGAAGAAAACAACAAUAAAGAUGAGGAGAUGCAACAUACAAGAUCUGAAUCUUUUGUUUCUCUUUCAUAUGAUGAUGAACAAUUAAUGAUGUUGGGACAUGAUGAUGAAUUGGAUCUUAAGAAACCUUUGAGCGAGGAAGAAAUAAACAAGUUAAUUUCAGAUCUUGUGGGUGUAGAGAGUAAGGCAGGAAAAGCUCAAGAAUCACUUGAAAAGGAGUCUAUUGCUAGAGUAGAGGAAGAAAGUAGGGAAAAAUUAGCAAAAACACUCCGUGGUGUUGAGCUGGAUAAAUCUGUAGCAGCUGAAAUGAUGAAUUUUAGAGACGUAUGGGAGUCAAAUCUUGAUAAUCUUGAAACUGAAAGUGCAAACUUAUUGGAGCAACUUGAUGGUGCUGGAAUCGAACUUCCAAAGUUGUACAAAACGAUUGAAAGCCGAGUCCCUAAUGGUUGUUGCUACACAAAAGCUUGGAAAAAAAGAGUUCACUGUGUUGGUACUCAAGUAACAAAAGAGACCGUGGAAUCAUUGUCUAACGCAGAGACUUUUCUUCACACUCACUCUCCAGUUCAAAACCGACAUGGGGAACUUUUGGAGGAGGGAGCUAGUGGAUUCCUUGAGAACAAGUUUGCUGAUGAUGCUGUUGAAGAGUGUGGAACAUCUGAGAAAAAGGAUGAGGCUGUCUCGUUUGGUAGUAAGAAUUGGGCUUCUGUUUACUUGGCAAGCACUCCACAACAAGCUGCAGCCAUGGGAUUAGAGUUUCUUGAAGUCAAUGAGGUGGAGGAAAUUGAUGCAGGCUUGGCAGACACUGUUUUUGCCAAUGCAAUAGAAAACGAAAGAGAGCUUGCCCUUGCUGAAGAACAAAAGAAAAACAAUACAAGGGUCAAAGAGGAGGAUGAUAUAACUAUUGAUCGUCACAAUCAACUUCGUUUGAAACGCAAGAGAUGCAACAAAAGCUCUAAACAGGUUAUGAUCAUGCACACGGCAGAGAAUAGGGAUGAUGAUUCUGCGUAUUUUGAUUCUGAAGAUGAAGUAAAAUGUCCAGAGACUAGCACUCAGUUUCAAAAUAGUGAAGUUAGCAAAGAGGAAAACGGGAACUUAUUUAACUCAGAUGUAGAUAAGAUGGCUACCAUCACAGAUUUUAAUGCAGAUACCAUGAUAGAUGCUUCACAGAAUACAUCUUUCUCCUCUUCCAGCUCGGAUUACAGUUCUGGAAAUAUAGCAGUUGAGAAGGUCUUAACUCCAGAGUUUCAAAAGUCUUCAGCACAAAAAGUGGCCCCACGACUACCAAAGAGGUUCAACAGAAGUCGUUUUGUGAACCGCAACUGCACUAGAACCGCUCAUCAGCUUACACUCAUAAGCCAAGGGAUCAAAGUUGGUAGCUGCACGGUCUGUGGUGAGUGUGGGAUUGUCUUAACGUGGGAGAAUAUGCUACACCUGCUUCCAAAAUAG